AUGAAUGCUUCAGUUAAACGUGAACGUAUGAAACCCUCAUCAUCUUCACUUCGUACAACACCUAGUAGUAGUUACAACUUUGCUACACGCUUAAAGAAUCGUGUUUGUUCAAAUUCUUGCUUGAAAAUUGUUUAUCUCUCUUGUGCAACAUUGAUAUCAGCUAGUUUCAUAAUUGAAUGCAUUCUUCUCCAUUUGAUUAUUGCACCAUAUUUAUCGGAAUCAAUAUUUGAAGAAGGUAUGUGUAAAUAUAGCGCUUCACGUCGUGAAGAAUCAAGUAAACGCUGUGAAAAUAAAUGCUCUAAAGAACGUUCCACCUUUCCAUGUCUUCAAUUAAAGGUGAUAUUUACACCGAUUCGAACAAUCCCCUAUCAUCAGAAUCAACAGAGACAGAAUAAAGAAUUGAUAAAACGACGUAUAGAAAAUGAGAAUUAUUAUUUUAAUCCAAAUGAAAAUUCAUUAACAUCGAUAAUGAGGUAUACUUCACCAAAUUUAUCUAAUUAUACAGUAUAUUAUGAUUUUGGGUCAUCUGAAUCCCGUAUGGUUUAUUUGUAUGAUUAUUUUAGUACAUUCGCUGCACAUAAAACCAGUCGAUGUUCAACAAGUCCAUGUCAUCGACGUGAAGAAGACAAUAAACUAGCUGUUGAAGAGUUCAAGCGUGAUUUAGGUCGUCGUAAUAUUUUUCGUUGCUAUGCUCGUCCGAUGACAACAACAACACUAAUCAUGAACAGUCUGCCGACAACAGAACAAAAGUUUCCUUCGCUAUCCUUUGAUUCCUCCUCACCAUCGUCACCUUCUUCAUGGACACUAUUCAGUGAUUCGAAACAACCAUCUGAUCGACAUCUACCUCCUAUGCCGUCGGAUCCAAAAGAUGCUGCUGCAAUCCUCCACCGACUGUAUACACCAUCAAUGUUUAUGCAUAGUCUUCUAUGGCCUGGUGGCAUAUUUUUGACUGCUCUAGUAAUUUUAUUAUUCACCUAUCUAACAGAUUCUUGUGAAGCAUGGGCUGGUGAUAAGACGGUUAUAGCCUAG